GGUUGGUUGGUUUGGUCUGUGUUUUGUUUUCCCCCUUGCCCCACACCACCACCACAGAGCAGCCACACCAACAACAAAACCUAAACCCACCCCAAACACACAACCCACCUGACGGGCGUCCUUGUUCGAUCAAACCUCCCCCUCCCUCACUGCCUGCCUGGCUGGCUUGCCUGGCUCGCUCUCUUCACACGGGUGCAUUCCACCUCGUUGUCAGCCAGCACACGAGCACAGAUACAUACACACAUACAUACACACGAAUACAGCCGCCUCGCGCACAGCGCCUGCGUCGGUUGCAAUUUUCAUCCAUCCAGUGAGACCGCAAGCAAGUCCACUCGCUCCCGUUUGUCGAGACGCGGGCAAACAAUCACAGCAGUGGCAGCAACUGUAGCAACUGUAGCUUUUGUUCCCUGUCCCCGCGACACAACCAACCAUGCCAGUCCAUGCAUGGGGGACUGGCGAGAAUGACGCGCAACCUCCAGAGUUCAACGUCAUCCACGUCACCGUGCACCGCUCGCGUGAAUAUGCCUUUGGCUUCACCCUCGGCUCCACUGCGGAGAAGCUGCAUGUGGUGUCGUCUGUGACGGCAGCAGGCCCUGCGUUUGGUCUGCUCCAGGAGGGCGACAUUGUCGAGGCCAUCAACGGCAUCACCACCGCCAACCUCUCCCACCGCGCAGUGCCACGCAUGAUUGGCAGCAAGAAGGUGCUCAACCUUCGCCUGCGGCGGCCCCUUGACUCUGGCCAAACGUCGUCCCCCGCGUCCUCUGCCUCCUCCUCGGCCGCCACCGUAUCGGAUACGUCGCGCCCGCGCUCCUCGCGCCUCAACUUCAUUGCGCAGUCCGGGCCCAUCGGCACGCCAGCGCGCAGCAUCGUGGACGAGCUGAAGCUGCGCUACACGCCGCAGCAGUACAACUCGCCCGCCUCCGACGCAGCGGGCCCGCCGGAGUUUGCAGAGACGCCGCUGCCAGGCACUGCGCCGCAGCCAACGGGUGAUGACAACACGGCAGCUGGCGCCAGUGGCGACGAGAUUGUCCCCGUACAGCGGCGGCUUGAUGGCAACGCAGCAGCACCAGCACCAGCCAUGCAGACACCGCGCAGUGCCGUGCGCUCAGACCGCCUCCCGCCACUCAACUUCUCGCAAGAGGAGAGCAGCCUGCUGAACACGUCUGCGGACGCCAGCCAUGCCCAGCGCAGCCGCAUGGACCUGAGCCCCAUCACCCCGGCCAGCACCGUCAGCGCCAUGCGCUCCCAGCCAACAGCAGCCCGCCGCCGCUCCAGCCAGCUCGCAACAUCAACCCCGCAGACUGCUGCCGCACCUGCCACCACCACCACCGUCAGCGAUGCACCCGUGACGUCUGCCGCGUCUGCGCCAACCUCAACCAUGCCCACCUCAGGCCCCAUCGAGAGCGUGUUCAUCCAGCGAGUGGCCGGCCAGCGUCUGGGCCUGCGCGUCGUAGGCGGCCUCGACACCCAGCUCAUGGCCGUUUUUGUUGAUGGCAUCACCGAAAAUUCGGCGGCAGCGGCGUCCAACAUCCAAUAUGGCGACCGGCUGCUGGCCGCAGACGGCGUGUCGCUGCUCAACCAGUCGCGGGACCGCGUGGUGGACAUCCUGCGGGGAGCAGGGUCGACCCUCACGCUGGUGGUGCAGCACAUUGGCGCCGACCAGUGGCACGACAUCAAGGCUGAGGCCGCAUACCGCGUGGAGAUGCGCCACCCGCACGCCUUUGCCGUCCGCGAGCUUGUCCUGCCGCUGCUCAGCAGCGAGCCAACAGCAACGUGCACGCGCGGCGAAGUAAAGACCGUCACCCUCUCCACCGACGACGACUGGGUGCAGGUCUCUGGCGGGUGCGGCAGCGUCCUCGGCGGCUUCUUCGUCACGCGUGUUGGCGACGGUGCUGGGGCGCCCAUCGCCGUCGGGCACCGCGUCAUCGACGUCAACCAGCGGUCGUUCGUCCUGUCCAAGAUGUGGGACCUGCAGCAGCUGGCGGAGAACCUCGCCACCCCCGUCCACCUCACCGUCCAAGUCGUCGAUACCCAGCAGUGGGCCCGCAUCUGCGAUGCAGCCGAGUUUGACCUCGUUGCAGACACGCGCAACAGCGCAUUUGUCGGCGGCGCUGCCAAGCUGCGGCCACAGCACGACCAGCAGCAGCGGCAGCAGAGGAUGAGUGUUGCCUCCACAGCGAGCUCCACCCCGUCCGGCCACCCGCUCACGUCCAUGUUGUUCCCAGCACCGCCGCCGCCAUCGUCGUCGUCACGAACCAGCCCGCGCCGCGCGUCACGCGAGACAGCCGUGGUGAGCAUGAACGGUGGUGUGCGCACUGUUCAACUCACACGUACGGAGGACGGCACGUUCGGCUUCACCCUCAUUGGGCCAAGCGACCCGGCCCAGCGCAACAGCCACGUGGAGGGCGUGUAUGUGAAGGAGCUGACGUGCGCAGAGCCGAUUGAGGCCGGCCUGUUCAUUGGCGACCGCAUCCUGGCCAUCAACGAGCACGACGUGACGUCCGAGCUGGCAAACGCCGUCAUUGACCGCAUUGCGUCGCUCGACCGCAUGACGCUCGCCGUGGAGAACAGCCCACGGGCGCUGGCGCUGCUUGAGGUUGAGCGGCGGAAGGCCGGCGAGCCGCGACUCGUCACCGUCACCAACAUCAGGCGGUACGGGCUCGGCAUCGACCUGCUCGCCUCGCUCGACGCAACGGCAUCCGACCUCGACAACAGCAGCAGCGGCACGGUUGGCCCCGCGUACGUGGCUGCAGUUGACCCGAGCGGCGCCAUUGGGCGGGACGGGCGCAUCAAGGCCGCAGACCAAAUACUCAUGAUCGACGGCCAGCGCGUGCAAUCGCCGCAGCACGCGGACAGGCUGCUGUCCACCAACCGGGACACCAUGUCCCUCGUGGUGCGCAUCUCGGAUGCCGGGUACGACGCUGUUCGCCAGGCCCUGCUGCACACCACCCUCGAUACGGAGCUCGCUGGGCCAAUUCGCACCUUCCAGCUGCCGGACACAGACAAGCUUGGUCUCAUACUUGCUGGUGGCAGCGACACGGCGUUCUGUGGCGUGUUUGUGCAAGGGGUGAAGCCCAACUCCCCCGCUGCAGAGCUUGGCAUUGUGGCCGGUGACCUGGUGCUGUCGCUUGACGAUGCGGGCAUGCUGCGGCGCUCGCGUGCAGACAUGGUCGAGACCUUUCACCGCAACGCCCGCGGCGCACAGCUGCGUGUGAUGCGGCUUGGCGCUGGGCUGUGGAACAAGUACCAGGCGGUGUGCUCCCGCACGGGGAUGGCACGCCCCAAUCUGCCGCCAACCACCCUGCCGCUGACCAAGGGCACCCGCACGUCUCUCAGCAGCACGGGGCCCAUUCUCGCCGUGGACGUGUACCGGGAGCCGAACCAGCCGUUUGGGCUGAAGCUGAUUGGCGGCGUGCAGCAAGGCAUGGACACAUUCUUCGUGACGGGGGUGGAGCAGGAAGGGCCAUGCUUUGGCUUCAUCCAGCCAGGCGAUCGCAUCCUUGAGGUGAACAACCACGCGCUCGUGGGCGCGUCCAUGCAGGAUCUUCUGCGGCUGAUUGGCGCGACCGCAACCGCGCUGGAGGUGGUCGUGCAGCGCACAGGUCGCGAACAGUGGGAGGACAUCAAGACCACCAUGGACAACAUCGACAUCCAGCUGCAGGAACAGCAACAGCAGCAGCAGCAAGAACAACAGCAACAGCAAGCAAGUGCCACAUCGCCGCCAGCAGCAAAGGUGCUGAAGCGAACGCUGUCGCGGGAAAAAGGGCGGCUUGGUCUCGGCAUUGCUACGGUGCCGGGCGCAGGCACAAGGAUUGGCGCCGUGGACUCCGACACAGCGCGCCGGCUUGGGCUGAAGGAAGGGCAGGAGAUUGUGGCGAUCAACGGCAGAGACAUCAGCGGCCUGGCGCAUGAGGAUGUGCUGCGGCUGCUGCACGAAGCCAACGAGUCUGUGCAGAUUGAGGUGCGGGAGGCGGAACCACAGCACGUGCAGGUGCAGCGCUUUGACGGCCGGUUUGGAUUCACAGUCAUGACCACCAAGCAGAAUGAGGACGGCAGCGGGUGCAACGGCCUGUACGUGCACACGGUCACCAACCCGACCACAGCACUCAAGCCAGGCAUGCGCAUCAUUGGCAUGUGCGGCGAAGACAUGCAUGACGCAGACUCUGCACGAUUCCAGCGCCUCCUCAUGGCUGUGACCGGCGAUGAGAUUGUGCUUGACGUGCUGCCGCCGCUGCCGUCUGCACCAUCAUCGCGCCCGCAGUCCGCGGCACACGACGCCUCCAGGGCCCGGCUGCAGUCGCACGCCGGCGCCAACUGGAAGGACAUGGAGGUGCUCACGUUCACCCUCGAGCGCAGCAGCGGGCGCCUUGGGCUCGCGGUUGCAGCACACUUGACAGAGGGCCGCUUUGGCGUGUUCGUUGCUAGCGUCAGCAACGCAAACGCGCGGGAGCGGGGCGUGCGGCGUGGCAUGCGGCUGCUGGCGGUGAACGGCACAGAUGUGCAGCGCGCAACCCGCGACCAAGCUGUCACCGCCCUCAAGAAGGCUACGGAACCCAUCAUCAUCAAGUGCGCAAUGCUGCCGCACACCCGCAACGUGGUGGUGCACACGAAGGACAUCACCGCACGAUCGUCGCCCUUCCGGCUGCAGAGCACGCCGGGCGUCAUGACCCCUGUGUUCCUUGUGCUGAAGGAGGACCAGACCAACGCCACGGCACAGCUGGACGGCGUGCACGGCGGCGCCAUCACCGCUGGCGACCGCAUCCUCUUCAUUGGCGACGAGUCGGCCAUCCUCGCAUCACAGGAGCAAGUGAACGGCAUGCUGGCCGAGGCUGGCAAGGCGGUGACGCUGAUGGUGGCUCGCGAUAAGGACAUGUGGCGGCUGUUCGAGCCAAGUGCAGCCGCUGCUCCUGCUCGCACGCUCUCCACACCUUCGCAAUCACCAUCACCAUCGCCACGCCGCGGCACCUCCCUCCGAAAGCGCAUCUUCAGCCUCUCGCGCAAGAAGACCAACCGGUCGGGGACGGUGACUGUGCGGGCAAAGCGCAUUCGCCUGAGGCGUAUCGAUGGCAAGUUUGGCGUGACGGUUGCGGGUGAUACCAGCCGCCGCGGUCGCGGGGUGUUCGUUGCCGGCGUGAAGAAUCUCGAUGCAGAGAAGCAAGGACUGGCACGCGGCAUGCGCAUCAUGGAAGCUGACGGCGUCGACACGACCCAGUCCACACAGACACAGGUGCUUGACAUCUUCAGCAACGCCGAGGACACGAUUGUGCUGCAGGUCAUCAGGGACGUGCACGGGUUUGCUGAGUUUGAGGCCGGGCUGUCACGACACGCGUCUACGCGCCCAACACCAGCGACCACUCCUGUCCGCUCUCCUGCGCCCGGGUCAUCCCGUCUCCCCUCGCAGACAGAUUCUGUGUUUGAGAGCGAGGGUGCCGCUGCCAGCACCAGCACUGCCACCAGCACACACAAGCGCAUUAUUGUUCGCCGGCAAGAAGGGCGACUUGGGCUUGGGAUUGUUGGCGAGUCAACGGCACGUGGGUUUGGCGUGUACAUCAGCAACGUCGCCAACACAGACGCAGCGGCGCAGGGCCUGGUGGCAGGGAUGCGCAUCAUGACGGUUGAUGGAGAGGAUGUGCGGGAACUGUCGCAGGGAGACGUGCUACAGAAACUGGGGAGCAAGCGUGGGGACGAGGUUGUGCUUGGGGUGAUUGGUGAUGAUGGCGGGUACUCGCGGUUUGUUGAGGUUGCAUCGACCCAGACAUCGGGAACACCGUCUGUGUCCGAGUCACAAGGAAGAGCGGCAGCGGGGCUGGCGUCUGUGACGGAGGAGGCAGAGGAGAGUGAUGACGACGACGACGAUGACGAUGAUGGUGAUGUGGCCCGUGCCGAGCAGAAGGCGGUGCAAGAGAAGGCGCAAAUGCAGCAUGAGGAAUCUCGCACCGUUGAGAACCAGCAGCAACCUGAGCAACAGGCAGCAGCAGCAGCUAAUGUGGAAGAAGAGAACGCCAACGAGGCCGAGGAACAGCGCCACGCUCAAGAGCACGAGCGACAACAACCAUCGCAACAACAUCCACAGCAAGAGGACCAGCAAGAGGAAAUGGAACGUGAGCAGGAUGAGGUGGAGGUGGAGGUGGAACCGUUGCCAGUUGCUGAAGCCGCUGUCCGCCAAGCCGUGCCCAUCGCAGCAAUUGCAGAGGAAGAUGAGCACGAGCACGAAGAUCACCAUGACGAGGUGCAAGCCAGCGAUGAAGCAGACGAGGAUGGGUCAUCCGACAGUGACUCGGGUGACGACGAAGAUGCACAGCGCAUUGUUGUUCGCCGGCAAGACGGGCGGCUCGGGCUUGGUUUGGUUGGCGAGUCGAUGGCACGCGGAUAUGGCGUGUACAUCAGCAACGUCGCUAACACAGAUGCAGCAGCACAGGGGCUGGAGGUUGGAAUGCGCGUGCUGAGCGUGGAUGGCCACGACACGCGGGACGCGACACAGAGCGAGGUGCUGUCGCUCGUGACGAGCAACGAUCACGAUGAAGUCAUCUUCACCGUCAUCCCAGACGACGGCGGGUUUGCCAAGUUUGCGCACGCAUCGUCACUGCCCGGAUCAGCUGCUGCAACGCCGCGCCGGCAGUCGAAAGAGGAGACAGCAGCUGCUGACGUGUCUCAUGAGCACCCCGACCUGGUGAAGCAGCCCGCGAUGGACAUGAGCCUGUACUCGCGGCGACAGAGUAGCGUAAACGUGCAGCCCAUCACCGUUCGCCGGCAAGAGGGGCGACUUGGGCUGGGGAUUGUUGGCGAGUCAACAGCGCGUGGGUUUGGCGUGUACAUCAGCAACGUCGCCAACACAGACGCAGCGGCGCAGGGCCUGGUGGCAGGGAUGCGCAUCAUGACGGUCGACGGAGAGGAUGUGCGGGAACUGUCACAGGGGGACGUGCUGCAGAAGCUGGGAAGCAAGCGUGGGGACGAGGUUGUGCUUGGGGUGAUUGGUGAUGAUGGCGGGUACUCGCGGUUUGUUGAGGUUGCAUCGGCCCAGACAUCGGGAACACCGUCUGUGUCCGAGUCACAAGGAAGAGCGGCAGCGGGGCUGGCGUCUGUGACGGAGGAGGCAGAGGAGAGUGAUGACGACGACGACGAUGACGAUGAUGGUGAUGUGGCCCGUGCUGAGCGAGAGCAGCACCAGGAGGAACAGGAACAGGAACAGGAGGAAGACUGGGGAGAGGAGAAUGAGGGGGAACCGGACAGGGGACAGCAAGAUCGUCACGAAGACCAAGACCGCGACCAGCACCAAAAGCAAGAGAAGCAUCAGGGGCAAGAGGAAGUAGAACAGGAACACCGGCAGGAGGAGGAGGUUGCAGUAGUUGCUGAAGCCGCUGUCCGACAAUCCGAGCCCAUCGCAGCAAUCGCAGAGGAAGCGGAAGAGCAGCAAGAGCAGCAAGGGCAGCAACGCCACGAUGAAAGUUCUGACGAUGCAACAGAAAGACGAGAGGUCGGUGAGCAUGACACUGGCAACGGUUCGAGUGCUGAUGUUGCUGAUGCUGCUGCUGAUGAUGAUGAGGAUAUUGAUGAUGAUGAAGGCUUUCAACGUGUCGUUGUUCGCCGGCAAGAUGGGCGACUUGGGCUUGGGAUUGUUGGCGAGUCAACGGCACGCGGAUAUGGCGUGUACAUCAGCAACGUCGCCAACACAGACGCAGCGGCGCAGGGCCUGGUGGCAGGGAUGCGCAUCAUGACGGUCGAUGGAGAGGAUGUGCGGGAACUGUCACAGGGAGACGUGCUGCAGAAACUGGGAAGCAAGCGUGGGGACGAGGUUGUGCUUGGGGUGAUUGGUGAUGAUGGCGGGUACUCGCGGUUUGUUGAGGUGGCAUCCGCCCAGACAUCGGGAACACCGUCCGUCUCUGAUCGCGGGCGUGUGGGUGCACACGACAGCGAUUUCCAUCACGAACAUCAGCCGCUUCCCGAGGAACGCGAGAGUGCAGCGUCGAGCAGUGACGAUGACUACGAAGACGGAUCACUGGCUGACAGCGGUGUACAGCGCAUUGUCGUUCGCCGGCAAAAUGGGCGGCUCGGGCUUGGUUUGGUUGGCGAGUCGAUGGCACGCGGAUAUGGCGUGUACAUCAGCAACGUCGCUAACACAGAUGCAGCAGCACAGGGGCUGGAGGUUGGAAUGCGCGUGCUGAGCGUGGAUGGCCACGACACGCGGGACGCGACACAGAGCGAGGUGCUGUCGCUCGUGACGAGCAACGAUCACGAUGAAGUCAUCUUCACCGUCAUCCCAGACGACGGCGGGUUUUCUCGCUUCGGCACCCCGACGUCUCCCGUUCGCGCACCCCAGCAGCAGCAGGAGCACCAACAACAGCAGAGCGAUGCUGCCGCGGCCAGGGAUGGCGAUACAAACGAUGAAGAGGAGACAGUGCCCGAUGCCCCGCCAGCGCUGGUGGAGUGCGACGUGACGAGGACGGACGGCCGGCUCGGUAUUGGUCUGCUGGGUCAUCCAACCCAGCAGGGUCUCGGCGUGUACCUGUGCUCUGUCACCAACCCCGUGGCCAUUGCUGCGGGCAUGAAGAAGGGGCUGCGGCUGGUGCAAGUCAACGACAAGGACCUGACGUCGGCAACGCAGCGCGAGGCAUUCAGCAUCCUCACCACAGCCACGGAGCCUGUGCACCUCGCCGCACGCGUGGACACGGACGGAUAUGCGCGCAUUCAGGGUUUGGCAGACAACGCUGACGCCGGCACCAAGACACACGGGACCCCGCAACCCGUACCACCGUCGCUGCCGAUUCGAGUCCUGAACGUGGAUGUUGAGAAGGACCGCGGGCGGCUUGGUUGCGCCAUUGUCGUGCAUGGGCAGUCUGUGAAGAACACGUACAUCAACAGCGCCCACCCGCGCCACGCGGGCCGCGUACAGCCGGGCGAUUGUGUGGUUGCCGUCAACGGCGAGGUGAUUGUUGGCAAGAGCCAGAACGUGGUUGUUGGCCUGAUCCAGGCUGCUGGCGAUGUUCUUCGCUUCACCAUUGCCCGCUGCCCCAACGUGUCCCUCCCCGUGCGUGACGGCAGCUUCCAGUUUGACGUCACCGCCGCGCCCACCGCGGCCCGUGUCUCCAUGCCAUCUGCAGAUGUGGCUGCGGUUGCCUUUGAGGACAUUGGGUCUGGCGCACCGACCGUCGCCAAGGACCACACCCCGCUGCGUCGUGGCGAUGUUGUUGCCGCAAUUGACUCGAACAUGCUCGUCGACAGCACCAGCAGCGACGUGACAGCGUUGGCGGCGCAGUCUGGUCGCGCUCGCACCACAUUUACCGUCUGCCGUGUUGGCGCAGAGGUCCCCGCCUCACCUUCCCCGAGCGCUGCGGGUCGGUCCAACACCGACGCCGCAAGUCAGCAGCAGUCGUCUCCAGCCGAGGGCGCGCAGGACAACGCCAACGAUGAUGAUGAUGGCAACAACGCCAGCACUAAUGCCAACAUCAACGACACCGACACCGACAGCGCAGAGCCCGAUACAGCGGUGAUUGUGCUGCACAAGGGCUCGCAGGGCUUUGGGUUUGUUCUCAAGGCGAAGGACAAGCCUGGCCCGCUGACGGUGGGGCGUGUGCGUGAGGGCGGUGCGGCGUCCAACGAACCGCGGCUGAAGAAGGGCGUUCGCGUCCUCAGUAUCAACGGCACCGACACAUCCGUCGUCACAAAGCAGGAUGCUGGGCGCCUCAUCUCGCGCGCCGGCGACACGAUGGAGCUCAAGAUUGUGCUCGAUUCAUCAACUGCGUGAUGUGAGGCAUUCGUGUGUGGAAUUGCUGCACUCAUUUUGUGGACAUGUGUGCAGUGCACAUGAAUGUGCUUUGUCCCCGUGAAGUUUUUCUAUUUGUUGUUUGCACAAGGCUGUCAAGACUGUCCCUUCACAAUGCCUGCUUUGUACACUUUCUCACACAUUAUUUCUCCUUCUUCCUGCUCCUCCACAUUCUGCCCUUCAUUCUGUGCCUCUGUGGCUGGCAGGUGUCAGCUGCU